GCUCACAGGCAUGGAGGCCUCCUGGUCUUUGCCUGUGAGCAGCCUGGACGCCACAGACCCGCAGCUGCAGCAGUUCGUGGAGGUGGAGACACAGAAGCAGCGGGUGCAGCUGCUGGUCCAUCACAUGACUGAGCUAUGCUGGGAGAAGUGCAUGGACAAACCCGGGCCCAAGCUGGACAGCCGGGCCGAGGUCUGUUUGGUGAACUGCGUAGAGCGCUUCAUCGACACAAGCCAGUUCAUCGUGAAUCGGCUGGAGCAGAUCCAGAAGGCCCGGCCGUUCUUCUCGGAAAGCCUCUCCAACUGAUCCCACGGAAGGAAGUUGAGUUUCGCUAUGAGGGUGCACUGACGGGUACUUCUGCUCGUCCCUGUUUUCUGCCAGCAAUGGGGCAGUCAAUCUCCUCUCACCAGAACAGUUUGCACACGCUCAGACAGAAGUGGAUUUUCAGAAGACUUCAAAAGGUCCAUGCACUUGAUUGAAAUUUCCAUAAAUACCGCUGGGAUCACCUCCAAAACGGCGAAGCUGUUUCCUACUACCUCCAAGAACAGCUGUCCACUCUCCGCCUGCCAGAUGCUGUGACCUGCGCCCACUGCACAGAUGGAAGUACCAUCCCAGAGGACUUGUUAAUUUAUGCCUUUUCUUUUAUGCAGUGCUGGGGAUGGAACCCGGGGCUUCAUGCAUGGAAGGCAGGCAUUCCACUCUGAGCUGCGCCCCAGUCCCUGUAUUUUUUGU